UAUAGUAUUUGUGGUACUUCUCAUCUUAUAUAUUCUUUUAUUUUCCUGAUCUCUGAUGGAGAAUUACCAAAUGAUUUUCCUUAAUUCACCACCAACAUCAAAGGCCCCGGAGCACGUGUCUAAGUAUAACGCUAGUGAUCUGUGGGCUCAUUUUCAUGGAAUUGACAAUAGUGUAGAAUAUCAUGAUCGUGAGGUGAAGGAAACGGUAAAUAAGUUUGAUGGACAUAUUAUGGAAGCUUAUCACAACAAGUCUGGUCAUAUUGGUGGUGAUCAUGAGAGUGGACCCUCUUAUAAUUGUUCGGAGAAGAACAAGAAGAAACCGGGUAAAAGACAAGGUGAGAAGGUGACGAGAAGGCACAAAUUUGCAUUUCAAACAAGGAGCCAAGUUGAUGUUCUUGACGAUGGAUAUCGAUGGAGAAAAUAUGGCCAGAAAACUGUCAAGAACAGCAAAUUCCCUAGAAGCUAUUACAAGUGUACCUAUCAAGGCUGCAAUGUUAAGAAACAAAUCCAACGCCACUGCAAAGAUGAAGGGAUUGUGGUGACAACAUACGAAGGAAUGCAUACACAUCCGCUUGAGAGGUCAGUUGAAAACUUUGACCAGAUAUUGAAGGGGAUGCGGACUUCCUACUAACCACGUAAUCAUGUGCGCGCGCGCGCAUACAUAUAUAUGUACACCUCACGUAUUGAUCCACACAGAGUUUGCAUAGUGUAUCAAUAAUGGAGAUCAUUAAUUAAUUAGUUGGUAAUGUGUAUGGUAAUAGUUUUUUAUUUUUUUUUAAACAAGGAUACCACCUUUAUCUAUUAAUUAGGUGGUAGACAAGGACUGAGAUCCAAAAUUGCAUAAGAUGGUGCCAAAAUAAAAUUUGUACUUUAGGCAUCAUUUGACCAGAAAGUUAUGGUUUGUGGCAAAUAUGUGAAAGAAUAUGCAAUGGGGAAAAUUUUGGCGA